GGCGCCGCGAUGACGUGGUUGGCGCGCUCUGAUUGGACGAGGCGGCCUAACCGCGCCAGGCCUUUGAAUGUUCGGGGCCCGUUUGAGGCGGCACUCUCUUAAGGUGGACAGGUCAAGCUGCACCGAAAGAGGAGCUGCAGUGAAGAUGGAGCAGCGCGAACUGAGGGGGCAACUGGAGCGUAUGAAAGAGCGCCUGAGCCAGGCAGAAGCGGAGAAGCACCAGGCGGCCGAGUACGGGCUGCGUCUGCUGGAGAGCCACAAUGAGCUGCAGGCUCAGCUGGAGGAGGAGCAGAGGGUUAUGACUAGCCAGUUGGAGGGGUUGGAGCAGGAGAAGUUCUCGCUGCAGCGCGAUGUUGAGCUCAAGGUCAAGCUGCUGGAGAGCCUCUCGGCCGAGUACGAGAGCUGCAAGACCUCGCACGCCCUCCAGAUAGACGCGCUGCACCAGCAGAUGGAGCGCAUCGCCAGCCGCGACCUGCAGGAGGCGCGCGGAAAGCUGGAGCUGCUGAAGGGCGAGGCUGAGGAGGCGCGCCUGGCCCAGCGGCAGGCUGAACGCAAGCUGGAGCAGCAGGCGACGCUGCUGGAGGCGCGCGGAGAGGAGAUCCGGGCGUUUUCCCAGCGCCACCACGAGACCGCCUCAUCCGAGAUCCUCGCUCUGCAGGUCGAAAACGCCGAGCUGCUCGAGCACAAGGCCGCGCUGACUCAGGAGAUGGAUGAUAUGCGCUACCGGACUGAGCAGCUGGAGCUGUCCAGGACCGUGCUGCACAGGCAGGUAGAGCGGCUCCAGCAAGAGAAGGAGGAGGACCAACGUGUCGCCGUGUCCUACUUCAACGCCCUAGAGAAAGCGCGCGAGGCCAAUCAGGAGCUGCAGCAGCAGCUGUCGCAUGCCUUGCAGCAAGCCCAGGACCCACGGAGCAAGGGCAAUUCGCUGUUCGGUGAGUUGGAGGACCGGCGUGUGGAGAUGGAGAGGCAGCUGAUCAGCGUCAAGGUGCAGUACAAAAACCUGCAGAAGCAGCACGCGUUCACCAAGCAGCAGCACUGUCGCCUCAAGUUGCAGAUCGGCACCCUGCUGCAGAUGAAAUGCGGGCAGGUGGACUUGGAGACGAUGCAACGCUUGCAAGCGAUGCUGGACCAGAGAAACCACGAGGUCAUGGAGCUGCUGAAGAAAAACCGAGAGCUGGAGGAGUUGAACAGCGUAAACCUGGUUGGCAGCGACAUGCAGCUGGGAAAAUCCAACUCCGAUCUCGGGGAUGGGCAAUACUACGUGGACCUUCUGAAACUUAAACUCUAUGAGACCAGGCAGCAGCUGACCCAGCUGAAGGAGAACUCGUCCAUGCAGCGGAUGAAGCAUCUCGCGGAGUCGCAGAACGUGCUGGACCUUGAGAGGAAGUUAUUUGCCCUGGAGGGGCAGCUGCAGGAGAGCCAGGGGGGGACCAUGAAGCUGCAGGUGAAGCUUGAUGAGUUGCAGCUCAAAUACGAGCCUGAAGAGCUGAACAAGCGAAGGAUAAUUGUUCGGCGGCGGGAGAAAUUACCGGUAGGCGACGGUUCCACCGAGGCUAGCCCUGCCAACUUGCCGAACGACGCCGGCACGAAUCCCGCCACCGCGGUCGUCGCAGGCGAGACGUCUCCCGAAGACUCGAUGGCGGAACUGCUCCGGAACGACCCGGCUGUGACCGGCGUCCGAAAGAGCCUGGCCUCCGAAACUCGCGCCCCAAGCACGUCCAAGCAACGAGCCCCGGGGGCCGAAGGGUCGAGGAGUGCUUCCUCCGAGCUCCAGCCUCCGCCUGCCGCUGCCCGUGCCGCUGGUGGCGCUUGCGAAGACGACAGUGGCGAGGUGGUAUCGGCGGGGUCUUUCCAGGCGCGGCCGAAGGGCGACACGUCCCCGGAGCGAGACCUGCCCGAGCCCGUCAAAAAAAUAAAGCUGGAGGACAAGUGCAGUCCGCUGGCAGACAGGAAUGCGGACGUUAUGCCCGGUCGCUCCUCACCAGUCAGGAGCGGCUUUGGAGCGGUCGACUCGAGCGCGCUGGAGAACUGCUGGGACAUCAAGCGAAAGGCGCCAGGGGAGAAGAAAAAGGGCGCCCAUUCUGUGAUUCACAUCUCGUCGCAGCCAUCCGUCGAGAACGAGUGCGCUCAGCAGUGAGCCCUUUGUCACAUCAAAGGGAGCAGAUCGCCUAUGAGUCAUUUAACUCGUUCCGCCGACGUACAUCAUCAAAACAAAACCGGAAGAAAAAAUGAAAUAACUUUUAUUGGUACCAAGGUACCCACACGGCCAUGCGGGAGGGAUGCGUUGCAUAAUUUGGCGCCAGCUAUCAUAGAGUUGCGGUCAUGUCGCUGCGGUGCCUACAAUGUCUUUAAAAACGUUGCUACACCUCUCUAAAAUGAACGUGGAACCGCAUAAGCGUUCCGAGAUUCAGCAGUGAACUGGACACCCACCCUGCAACUUGCAGACCUCUCGGAAUGGGAACAGGUUCAUAAGCAUGUAAUGAUUAGCACCGACCAACCCCCCUCCCCCUUUCAAAUCCGCCAUGAAAGCGAGGCAUGCCGAACCCAUGUGUCGAUUAAGCUUUUUAUUCAACAAAAAAGUUGUAAAUUGUGAUUGAUUAAUCGGGCCCCUUUUAAAAAUUCCAGAUUCCCCCACAUCCUGCCCUCCCCAAGGUGGGCAACUCCUUGCAAGCCAUGCUAAGCGUAAUGUCACCAAACCUUAUGCAGCAAUCCCUUGCCGUGUAAACGUGAACCCGCUGUUGGCAAGUCCGCGGUUGGCGGGGGGGAUUGCUGUAUUGCUUGUGUUUAUUGUGAAUUCAUUUUUUGCUCCGCUAGCCUUAAUGUUACAUUCAUCAACAAGUAUCCAUUUACUGCUGGAUAACGGCCUCUAGUCUGUAUUUUAACAAUCCACCUAGCACCUGCAAGUGAGCUGAUGUCA